CCUCCAGCUGUUCCCAACGGAUCAUAAAGCAAACAGCAGCUGAUUGAAAAUGAGCUCGUCCAACUUGCAAUCCACCGUUUCCGGUAGCGACAUGGAAUCCGAGUCAGGGACCGGGUCGCUGAUGCUCGUCCCGGAGCAGGAACGCAGUCUGGCCCAACGGACGUUGCUGUAUGUGUACAACCGGUCCGGAAUCGUUACCGCCCGUCAGUUGGCCUUUUGGGAGGUCUUUCGCGAACGCAAUCCGGAUGUGGAACUUUCGGCACGCGAUCUUCGGGCCAUGUUCUACGGGGAGGUCCUGUACGAGCCGGAACACUUUGAAGAUUUGGACUUCUCGGUGGAGCAGUAUCUGAAUCCCCGGUUCAAUCAGAUUCAGCUGGAAGCACUGGAGUUCGGGGAUCUCGCCGAGGGGGAAGAUUUCUUACUGAACGUGCCGCGGAAUGCCACCGAAGGUGGCAUGACCUUCGAACAACUGGCCAACUACAUUUCCACUCCGUUGGAGGCAGCGCGGAACGUUCAGCUGGCUCCGUUGAAUGUUCAGAUGGUUGCUGCACCUCGGCCACCAUCGCCACCGAAAUCGUCCGGUAAGGACGAUGAGCUUGGAGAACAAUUCAGUCGUUUGCUAUGCGAACUUUUGUACUCGGACGAGGAAGCUAUUGAGAAGCCGGUUCUGGAACUGCAGGAAAUUCGUGAACGCAUACUGGCUCUCACCACAGCCGGAAUCAAGCUGGAAGAUCUUUUGGAACCGGACAUGGAUUGCUAUAAGCUCCUGAAGCCUCCGAAGGAUACAUCGGUGAUGGAUAGUCCCGCAACAGAUCAGAUGGUUCCGGUUGCAUUCGGUUCGAGCAGCAAGCUAUCGGCCCAGAAGAGGUGGAAAUCGUGGGACGACUCGGGAUUGGGACUUACGCCCAGUAAGCGGCGGCGUUUGAUGACUCCUUCACUCAUAAUCGCCAAAAGUACAGGAACUCAGCGAUGAGUAAAAUUUGUCUCAUGGUUUCCUGUGGAAAACCUGAAAAAUCUGCCGGAAAUUGAGGAAAGUGACGAAAAUUUUAUUCAGUCUCGGAGUAGUACCAAUAGACUGAGUGAAUCCAAUCUUUACUUUUCUCAAAUUCGGGAUUUUUUCCCUGGAAAAUCCUGGAAAAACCUGGGAAAACAUGAGGCAAAUUUACUCAUCGCUGAGUUCCUGCACUUUUGGCGAUUAUGAGUGAACUAAACUCAAAUUUGAGUCGUUC